AUGUACACCUUCCUGCCCGAGAACUUUACGCCAGUGAAGCAGAAGCCCUCCAAGGAGCUGAGGCCCAUGCUGGGGGCCAUCUUGCUGGGCCUUAUCCUGUUCAUUGCCGCGGUGGUGGCCUGGUGCUACUACACGGUGUCCCUGCGGAAGGCGGAGCGGCUCAAGACGGAGCUGAUGGACCUGCGGGCGGACGGCUUCGUCAUCAGGAACCAGCACGGGGAGGUGGUGUUCCGGCUGGCCUUCCGCUCGGGCAGCCUCGACCUGGAGUCGUGCUCCAAGGAGGGCGAGAUUUUGAGCUGCACGCGGUCGGGCGGGGGGCCGCUCAACUUCUUCAUCCAGACGGUGAAGCCCAAGGACACGGUGAUGUGCUACCGCGUGCGCUGGGAGGAGCUGGCGGACGGCCCGGCGGUGGAGCACACCAUGUUCUGGGAGGACGCCCACUGGUACGGGGGCUCAGAGAUGAGCACCCAGCACUGGCCCAUCCGCCUGGCCGGCUACCAGGAGCCCGUGCCCUAUGUGACGAGCGACGUCUACUCCUUCCGCGACAGCUUUGGCGGCAUCCUCGAGCGCUACUGGCUCUCCUCCAAGGCGGCAGCCAUCAAGAUCAAUGACUCGGUGCCCUUCCACCUGGGCUUCAAUGCCACCGAGCGCACCCUCUUCUUCCAGGCCCGCUACAAGGACUCUCCCUACAAGCCCCCGCCGGGGCAGCAGCCCUUCCCCGAGCUCAGCUACCGGGUCUGCGUGGGCUCCGACGUCACCUCCAUCCACAAGUACAUGGUGCGCCGCUACUUCAACAAGCCCUCCAAGAUCCCCGCCGAGAACGCCUUCCGAUACCCAAUCUGGUCCACCUGGGCACUCUACAAGAAUAAUAUUGACCAGGACAAACUCUUGCGAUUUGCUGAAAAGAUCAAGAAGUACCGUUUUAACUGCAGCCACAUUGAAAUUGAUGACAUGUACACACAAGCCUAUGGGGACUUUGACUUUGACCCUGUCAAGUUCCCCAACGUGACGGAGAUGUUUGCAAAACUGAGGGAAGAUGGGUUUAAGGUCACCCUGUGGACUCACCCUUUCAUAAACUACAAUUCCUCCAAUUUUGGGGUGGGGAUCGAGCGUCAGCUGUUCAUCAAGGAGCCAUCUGGGCGGCUGCCAGCCAUGGUGGAGUGGGGGAAUGGCAUUGGGGCCAUCCUGGACGGGCCCCCCGUCCUGGAGAUGGGCAAGCAGGAGCGCGAUGUCUACCUGCCAGCGGGCAAGUGGCGCAGCUACAAGGGGGAGCUGUUUGAGAAGACCCCGGUGCUGCUCACGGACUACCCUGUUGACCUGGACGAAGUCGCCUAUUUCCUCUGGGUUUCCUAA